AUGCCCAAGGUGAUAGCUGAUGUUGUCAGACGACAUGCAAUAGGUACCGCUAUAACGGUUAGAUUGCAGGUGCUGUGCUCAGAAGAGAGUCCGCGUCAACACCAAGUUUUGCGUGCCUGGGGUCGCAUAGGCAUGCGAAUCGGUGGCUUGAAGGUAGGGCACCUCGUCAGUCUCCACGCCGCCACAAAACGCUUGUACGACCUCUUUCUUAAGAAGACUGCUAACUCCUGCGGUACCGAGCGUGCCAAUUUUGUCAAAUUGUAA